CUGGCUGGUACUUGGACGUAUUUGCGUUGAGUUGUUUUUAAAAGUCGUGGCGGAGUAAAAACUUAGUUGGGUCUUUCACGUCGUUCGAUCAAGUUCACAUACACAAAUCGCUCUCAAUUAUGUCUGCCACUUCAGCUGAUAGUGUUUUCGUUGCCCGUUCCGAGGGUAUUUCUGCCGAAGGUGUCCGUGAUCAGUAUGCCGAUGGAAAGGCUGCCAAGGUUUGGGAAAUUUUCAUUGGUGACAAAAAUUCCCGCACAGAAAACUACAAAAAUUUCCUCAUCAAUCUGUUGAAAUCGAAGAAUUGCAAGCGUAUUUUGGAUGUAGCCUGCGGCACAGGUGUUGACUCCAUUAUGCUGUUGGAAGAAGGUUUUGAGGUUGUCUCUGUCGAUGCCUCCGACAAAAUGUUGAAAUAUGCCUUGAAGGAACGCUGGAACCGCCGCAAGGAGGCCGCUUUCGACAACUGGAUCAUUGAAGAAGCCAACUGGUUGAGUUUGUACGAUGACAUCAAGGAUAUUGUCAAGGAUGGUUUCGAUGCUGUCCUCUGUUUGGGUAACUCAUUUGCCCAUUUGAUGGAUUCCUCACCGGAACAAUUGGAACACAAGAAGGCCAUUAAGAAUUUCGAAAAAUGCCUGAAACCCGGUGGUGUUUUAAUUAUUGAUCAUCGUAAUUACGAUAACAUUUUGGAGACUGGAGCCACACCUGCCAAGAGCUUGUACUACAAUUCAAGCCAUACCGCCGACAUUAAGACUUCCGUAUUGUUUUACUGUGGCAAGCCUGCUAUGGUUGCCAUGGACUACCUGAUCGAAGCCAACAACUUGACCAGUGAAUUCCGCCUCUCCUACUAUCCACACACUCUGAGCCAGUUCACCAAAAUCCUGAGAGAAAUCUUUGGUGCCGGCGCUGAACACCAAAUCUACGGUGAUUUCAAGGACUUGAAUGAAAUCCAAAAUCCCGCUUUCUACAUCCACUUGAUGGAGAAGGGCUUAAAUUAAGAUCUAGUUGUAGUCCAAAUAGUUAAGAAUAUAGUUCCGAAUUAGCUAUACCUACACCUGAGUACGCAUUUGCCAGUCGAAUCUAAAUUAAAUAAAUUUUUACAAAUAAACAAAACAAAAUAAAAAAA